AUGCAGUUUCAAGGGCUUCUGUUUACUGGUUCCUGCUCCAAUCUUCUAAACAAGUCUUCCUCACUAAGGGCACACGCUGCUCUCAAACUUGGCCAUAUUCAAAGAAGCAACAGCACCAGUACUUGUUCCAGAGGUUUAUUAUGGAGAUGGGGGGUGUCUAAAGUCAUCUCCAUUUACUUGUUGUGUUGCCUCAAUCUUGUAGCACUGGCUCAAGAUUAUCCAUCUUUAUCCACUUCUUCUUAUGGAUGUGAGGAUGUUAGCAGUUACUAUGCAAGUGUGAAGGGAUUAGAAGGGAAAGCACUGAAAAAGAAACUUCAUUCUGUUAUCUCCAAGCAUCAGUCACUGUCUUACAAAGAGGUCUGGGAUGCCCUCAAGUUUCUUGAUGCUACAAAUGUCGAUAGGCCUCAAGCUUCAUCUGGGAUAGUUGAAAUUUACUCUCUAAGAGCUGUUUCGAAAAACUUAGCUGGAAAACCUGAAGGAUGGAAUAGGGAACAUUUGUGGCCUCGUUCUUAUGGGCUAAUUAGCGGUCCAUCCUUGACUGAUUUACAUAAUAUUCGCCCAGCCGAUGUGAAUGAGUUCCAUGCAGUAAAUUCAUCUCGGGGAAACAAAUACUAUGGAGAAUGCAAUAAGAAAUCAAUACGAUGUCUAAAGCCUGCAAACAAAGAAGCUGCUUUUGACACGGAAACAGACAAGAAGAGAUGGACACCACCUACAAAGGUUAGAGGGGAUAUAGCAAGGGCAAUAAUGUACAUGGCUGUAUGUUAUGGGCUUCAUCAACCAGGUGGACAAAAUCUUCACCUUUCUGAUUCUCCAAGCACUGAGAACAGAGAGAUGGGACUUCUUUCUACAUUGCUAAAAUGGAAUGAAGUUGAUCCACCUUCAAGAGAAGAGAAGCUGAGAAAUGACAGGGUCUGCAAGUUUUAUCAGCACAAUAGAAAUCCUUUUGUCGAUCAUCCUGAGUAUGUCAGUCUUAUUUGGAAAAGAGUUACCCCAACCCACCAAAAUUGGCAUUUUCCUGCCAAGAAGGAAAUAAUGAAGUGAGUUGAAACACCUAACAAAAGAAGAAUCAAGAACAAGGCAUCUUGGUAUCUUGAAGAACAAUUUAUUCUUACACCCAAGGUUGUUCCAGCAAAUGAUGGGAAAAGCAAGAAGCUUCCAUGAAGAAUCCGUGAUUGUGGUGCAAGACCUGUUUUGUACCAAUGACUUGUAACUACAACAACAAUUAUUGGUUUCCUGACAUUUACAUGUCAUCAAAAGAAUGAUAAUCGGGGUGGCCCCCAUGGCCUUUCCAUGUUUUCUGAAUCCAAAACACUGUAAGGCUCUUGUUGGCACUGGCAAUUUGGUGGAACCAGUAUACUAUGGAAUCGGGGCGUUAUGUA